GAUGAGAGAACCACGGGAACCCCGCGUCAUGCAGAUCGUGAAUGCAGACAAGAGGAAAUGGUACCAGAAGCCAAACUUGCGGUUCUUGUACUUCAUCCUCGUGCCGACGUGCAUCGGCACCGAGUGGACCCUCGGCUUCGACGGCUCCAUGAUGAAUAACCUCCAGGCGGUUCCGUCGUGGGUGGACUAUUUUGAUAAUCCCUCCAGCGCCAAGCUCGGAUUGCUGAAUGCCAUACAUUCCCUUGGGAUGGUCUGUGCCGUACCCAUCGAGCCAACUGUGAGCGGGCUCUGCGGGCGGCGCUGGACUAUCGCGCUGGGGUCGUGUGUUAUGUGGCUGGGCGCGGGACUGCAGGCGGGCGCGAUGAGUGCGGAUAUGUUUAUUGCCUCACGCUGGCUUUUGGGGUUUGGCGUUCUGUUUGUUGUCUGUGAGGCUUCUGCGCUCAUUGGGGAGUUGGCAUAUGCAAAGGAGAGAGCGACGAUGACGAGCUUUUUCAGCGCGAACUACUUUAUUGGUAGUAUUAUUGCGAGCGGCGUGACGACGGCGACCUUUGCUAUGGACUCGACCUGGGGGUGGCGCAUCCCGAGUCUGCUGCAGGCCGUCUUCAGUGCAAUUCAAGUCGUGUUUCUCCCCUUUUGUCCCGAGUCCCCGCGGUGGCUGAUCGCGAAUCAGAAGGGCGAGCAGGCGUACAAAGUGUUGUUGAAGUACCACGGUGAGGGGGAGGAAGGGGAGGAAUAUGUGCGAAGGGAGUACGAGCAGAUCCAGGCGUCUAUCGCGCUGGAGAAAGAGUUGGCCAGGAGGUUCAUGUGGGCGGAUGUGGUCCGCUCGCGGGCAAUGUUUCAUCGCUUCGCUGUCUCCGGCCUUACCGGCAUCUUCGGGCAGGUCUCUGGGAAUGGCCUCAUAACAUACUACUUUGCCAAAGUACUCCGCAUCGUCGGCGUCUCCUCAAACGUCACUAUCCAGCGCAUCAUCCUCGCCCACAACUGCUGGGCCCUCCUCAACAGCGUCCCGCUCUCCAUCCUCGCCCCACGGUACCCACGGCGCCACAUGUUCAUCCUCGGCGCGCUCGGCAUGGCCGCGUGCUUCACCGCGUGGACAGUGGCGUCGGCCAGAUACGCAAUCACAGGCUCGGAAGCAGCGGCUGCGACCAGCAUUGCAUUUAUCUUCCUGUACAAUCCGUUCCUCAACAUCGGCCUCAACUCCCUGGCGUAUACCUACAUCGUGGAGCUGUUCCCCUUCACGCAGCGCUCGCAGGGCCUGGCGUUUAAGCAGCUCGUCGGCCGCCUCGGUAACUUCUUCAAUGCGUACGUCAACCCCAUUGCGCUGGAUGCCAUCGGCUGGCGGUACUACGUAAUGUACUGCGUGUGGCUGGUCGCCGAGGCGGGCAUCGUCUGGGCUGUCUUCCCCGAGACGCACGGCCGGACGUUGGAGGAUUUGAGUUUUCUGCUGGAGACAAAGGGGGAUUAGGGUUCCUCGUGUGGGAACGAUUGGGGAAGGGCCUGAAGGCGACGUGGAUCCGUGGUCUCGGCUGCACGGCUGCGAUCUUGCUGACCAGACGCUGGCGAUCUAGGGUUUAGAAGAUGUCAAACCCCGGGUUCAUCGUCACGCUGAUCGGCUCAAUCUGCGAAAACGUCGAGUACAUCUCGCUCGACAUGUCGAGCAGAUUGAACCCCAGUCCGUCGUCCAUCUCGCCGCCCAGAUAUGGAUUAUCCAAACUAGCGGUAGGUCCCGGUCGAUUGGAUGGUCCAUGGGCUGUUGGAAACGUGUUCAACGUCGUUGAGGCGUCCAUGGGGAGAGGUAGGCCCGGGUGUGUGUGGGCCGAAGGGUUUUCGCCUGCGCUGGGGUUCGAUGGAGAGGAAAGCAUAGGCAUGGUAUGGAUGCCAAGGGCGGUGAGCUC